CGCCUCUCAGUAAAGAUGGCGCACAGCGGUCGGUGGCGCUUCCCCGCCCGGCCCGGCAGCGGCGGCUGGGGCCGCCGGGGCCCGGGGGGUCCCGCCUACGGGUUGCCGGCCGUGCAUAGCCUGCGGCCCGCCGAACCUGCGGCGGCGCCGGCGCCGGCGGGCGAGGGCGAGCGCGGCGGCCCGUGCUCCGGCGGGGCGGCGGGAAGCGGCGGAGGCGGGGCAGCGCCGGGCCCCGGCGGCCCCGCGGCCGCGGCCGGUCCCGGCUUCGACGCGGCGCUCCAGGUCUCGGCCACCAUCGGCAUCAACCUGCGGCGGUUCCGCGCGGCCUGCGGCACCGAGGCGGGCAGCGGAGAGGAUGAACAGUUUUUAGGUUUUGGUUCAGAUGAAGAAGUCAAAGUACGAAGUCCCACCAGGUCCCCCACAGUUAAAUCUAGUCCACGGAAACCUCGCGGGAGGCCCCGGAGCAGUUCUGACCGAAGUUCCGCUGUACUGUCAGACUCUUCAUCAGUGUGUUCCCCUUCAAGCAAGUCUGAAACCACAUCCAUGGAGAAAGUAAAGAAGAAGGAGUCAAAGAGUGGGGAAAAAAGACGAGGAAGACCUCCAGCACUUACAAGUGUGAAGUUCAAAUUGUCGCAGGAGAAGGACACAUCAGAUAUUCAGAAGGGCAGCAAAGAAGAAAAAGAGAGUCUGAAAAAAAUCAAAAGAUCACCAUCCACUACAUUUCAGCAAGCAACUAAAAUCAAGAAAUUAAGAACUAGUAAGCUUUCCCCACUGAAAUCUAAAUUUAAGCCUGGGGCAAAACUUCAGAUUGGGAGGAAGAGCGUUCAGAUCGUGCGCAGGAGAGGCAGGCCACCGUCCUCUGAACGUUUAAAGACUUCCUCAACUUUAGUCAUAAACUCACAGCUGGAGAAGCCCCAGAGGAUUCGCAAAGAAAAGGAUGGCACACCGCCUCUCACGAAGGAGGAGAAGGCUGCUGUCAGACAGAGUCCACGCAGGAUUAAGCCUGUCAGGAUUAUACCUUCCACCAAAAGGACGGAUGCUGCGAUUGCUAAGCAACUCUUGCAGAGGGCCAAAAAGGGAGCACAAAAAAAGAUAGAGAAAGAAGCAGCCAAACUGCAGGGCAGGAUGGGGAGAACACAGCUCAAAAAUAUUCGACAGUUCAUCAUGCCGGUUGUGAGCGCAAUCUCAUCUCGGAUUAUCAAAACACCCAAACGGUUUAUUGAGGAUGAAGACUACGAUCCUCCUAUUAAAAUAUCCAGACUAGAAUCCACACCAAACAGCAGGUUCAGCACUACGUCUUGUGGCUCCAGUGAAAAGUCCAGCGCUGCUUCUCAACAUUCAUCUCAGAUGUCUUCAGAUUCCUCACGGUCCAGCAGCCCCAGCGUGGAUACAUCUACAGACUCCCAGGCUUCUGAGGAGAUGCAGAUGCUUUCUGAGGAGCGAAGCAAUACUCCAGAAGUUCACACUCCCUUGCCUGUUUCUCAGUCCCCUGAGAACGAUAACGGUGAUAGGAGAAAUAGAAGGUUUUCGAUAACAGAAAGAAGUUUUGGCCAGAGGACUGCAAAAAAGCUGUCAGCCUUACCAAGCAUGCCACAGCAGCAGUCCUCCUCCUCUCCUCCUCCCCCUUUGCUCACUCCCCCCCCACCACUGCAGCCUGCUUCAAGCAUCUCAGACCAUACCCCUUGGCUUAUGCCUCCAACCAUACCGUUAGCCUCGCCCUUUCUUCCUGCUUCUGCUGCACCGAUGCAAGAGAAACGAAAGUCAAUUCUGCGAGAGCCAACGUUUAGGUGGACCUCCCUGAAACAUUCCAGGUCAGAGCCGCAGUACUUCUCAUCAGCAAAGUAUGCCAAAGAGGGUCUUAUUCGCAAACCGAUAUUCGAUAACUUCAGACCCCCGCCGCUAACACCGGAGGACGUUGGCUUUGCAUCUGGCUUCUCCACACCGGGUGCGACGGCUCCCACGCGUCUCUUCUCCCUUCACUCCGGAGCCAGGUUCGAUAUGCACAAGAGGAGUCCUCUGCUGCGAGCGCCGCGGUUCACCCCGAGCGAGGCCCACUCCCGGAUCUUCGAGUCGGUGACCCUGCCCUCGUCGGUCGGUCGCACCGGCACGGGCAGCUCUGCCGCGGGCACGUCCUCCCGGCGGCGCAAGAGGAAAGCGUUCAGCCCCAUCCGCUCGGAGCCCAGGUCUCCUUCGCACUCCAUGAGGACGAGGAGCGGAAGGCUUAGUACCUCUGACCUGACAACUCUCACCCCACAGUCUUCUGUCUCUUCCUCUUUAACUAGUAUUUCAGUUAGUUCUCUUGCCACUAGUGCCUUAAAUUCAACUUUUACUUUUCCCUCCCAUUCCCUGUCGCAGUCUGGGGAAUCAGCAGAAAGAAGCCAGAGACCAAGGAAGCAGACGAGUGCCCCAGCAGAGCCUUUCUCAAUUGGUAGCCCUGCUCCUCUCUUCCCCUGGUUCACAUCAAGUCCCCAGACAGAGAGAGGCAAAAACAAGGACAGGGCAGCAGAAGAGCUCUCCAAAGAUAAAGAUGCUGACAAAGGCCUGGAGAAGGACAAGAGCAGAGAGAAAGACAGAGAGAGAGAAAAGGAGAACAAACGGGAGUCAAAGAAAGAGAAAAGGAGAAAAGGGUCAGAAAUACAGAGUAGCACUGCUUUGUUUCCUGUAGGUAAAAUGCCCAAAGAAAAAGUCAGCGAAGACGCUGCAGCAUCAUCGUCUGCCAAAAAAACUGCCGGGCGGAAGAAGUCCACAGCAGUAGAUCCCACGGCAGACGUUUCCACGGCUGCUCUGGUAGAUACAACAACAGCUGUCAAAACCAAAACAUCCAAGAAAGGUAGAGGGGGGCUGGACAAAUCAGAGCUGGACCUCAGCCCCACUGUGCCAUCUUUGGAGAAGGAAAAAGCUCUCCGUCUUCCUGCUCCUUCAUCAAGCACUGUUAAACAUUCUGCUUCCUCCAUCAGUUCUAUGCUGGCUCAAGCAGACAAACUGCCAAUGACUGACAAGAGGGUAGCCAGUCUUCUGAAAAAGGCAAAAGCCCAGCUGUACAAGAUUGAGAAGAGCAAGUCCCUCAAGCAAGCAGAUCAGCCAAAAGCACAGGGGCAAGAGAGUGACUCAUCAGAAACGUCAGUCCGAGGACCACGGAUAAAGCAUGUUUGCAGGAGAGCAGCUGUCGCGCUGGGCCGCAAGCGAGCGGUGUUUCCUGAUGACAUGCCCACUCUGAGUGCCUUACCAUGGGAAGAGCGGGAGAAGAUACUGUCUUCCAUGGGGAACGAUGAUAAGUCAUCGAUAGCUGGCUCGGAAGAGGCUGAACCUGUUGCUCCGCCUAUCAAGCCCAUUAAGCCGGUGACCAGGAACAAGGCACAGCAAGAGCCGCCGGUGAAGAAGGGCCGGCGCUCCAGGCGCUGCGGGCAGUGUUCGGGCUGUCAGGUUCCAGAGGACUGCGGGGUCUGCACUAACUGUCUCGACAAACCCAAGUUUGGUGGGCGCAAUAUAAAGAAGCAGUGCUGCAAAAUGAGGAAAUGUCAGAAUCUACAGUGGAUGCCUUCAAAAGCUUAUCUCCAGAAGCAAGCUAAAGCUGCAAAAAAGAAAGAGAAGAAAUCCAAGACAAAUGAGAAGAAAGAAAGCCAUUCUGGAAAAAACCAGUUGGACUCUGGACAGAAACAAACUCCUCAGGCUGUUGUACCAAGAGAAGACAAUUCUGGGAAGAAGAGCAGUGAGCCUGCCCGUAAGCCUGUUGAGGAAAAGCAUGAGGAUGGGAAUUCCUCCGUUCCCGUGUCAGAGCCCAAACAGGUCCCUGCGUCUGGUACCAGAAAGACUGGCAAGCAGAUGUCCCAGCCAGUCCAGCUCCCUCCUCCUCAGCCACCAAGCUCAGGACCUUUGAAAAAAGAAGCACCUAAACUUAGCACUUCUGAGCCCAAGAAAAAGCAGACUCCCCAGCCAGAAAUAGGCACAGAACAAAGCAAACAGAAAAAAAUUGCUCCCCGUCCAACUUUCCCUGUGAAACAGAAACCAAAAGAAAAGGAAAAGCCCCCUCCUCUAAGCAAGCCAGAGAGCAGCACACUGAACUUGCUCAGCACUCUGACUAACGGCAGCAGUUCCAAGCAAAAGCCACCUACAGAUGGAGUCCACAGAAUCCGAGUGGAUUUCAAGGAGGACUGUGAAGUGGAGAAUGUUUGGGAGAUGGGUGGGUUAGGCAUCGUCACCUCGGUACCUAUUACUCCCAGGGUGGUGUGUUUUCUCUGUGCCAGCAGUGGACAUGUGGAGUUUGUAUAUUGCCAGGUCUGCUGUGAGCCCUUCCACAAGUUCUGCCUGGAGGAGAGCGAGCGGCCCCAGGAAGAUCAGCUGGAGAACUGGUGCUGCCGUCGCUGCAAGUUCUGCCACGUCUGUGGGAGACAGCACCAGGCCACCAAGCAGUUGCUGGAGUGUAACAAGUGCCGAAACAGCUAUCACCCUGAGUGCCUGGGCCCAAACUACCCAACAAAACCCACCAAGAAAAAGAAAGUUUGGAUAUGUACCAAAUGUGUUCGCUGCAAGAGCUGUGGAUCAACAACACCGGGCAAAGGAUGGGAUGCACAGUGGUCUCAUGACUUCUCCCUGUGUCAUGAUUGUGCCAAACUCUUUGCUAAAGGAAAUUUUUGUCCUCUCUGUGACAAAUGCUACGAUGAUGACGACUACGAGAGCAAGAUGAUGCAGUGUGGGAAAUGCGACCGCUGGGUCCACUCCAAAUGUGAAAACCUUUCUGAUGAAAUGUACGAGAUACUCUCCAACUUGCCCGAGAGUGUUGCAUACACCUGCAUUAACUGUACAGAGCAGCAUCCUGCAGAAUGGCGUCUGGCACUGGAAAAGGAGCUGCAGAUUUCCUUGAAGCAGGUUUUAACAGCCCUGUUGAAUUCCAGAACCACCAGCCACUUACUGCGGUAUCGACAGGCAGCAAAACCGCCUGAUUUAAAUCCUGAGACAGAGGAGAGUAUCCCAUCCAGAAGCUCUCCUGAGGGUCCCGAUCCUCCUGUCCUAACAGAAGUCAGUAAACAGGAGGAGCAGCAACCUCUGGAUCUGGAAGGAGUGAAAAGAAAAAUGGAUCAAGGAAGUUACACUUCUGUGUUGGAUUUUAGUGAUGACAUCGUGAAGAUAAUUCAAGCAGCCAUUAAUGCCGAUGGCGGGCAGCCAGAGAUUAAGAAAGCCAACAGCAUGGUCAAGUCCUUCUUUAUUCGGCAAAUGGAGCGUGUUUUUCCAUGGUUCAGUGUAAAAAAGUCCAGAUUUUGGGAGCCAAAUAAAGUAACAAGCAACAGUGGUAUGUUGCCGAAUGCGGUGCUGCCCCCAUCGCUCGACCAUAAUUAUGCUCAGUGGCAGGAGCGUGAAGAGAACAGCCGCACUGAGCAGCCCCCUCUGAUGAAGAAAAUCAUUCCAGCUCCAAAGCUCAGAGGGCCUGGAGAGCCAGAUUCACCGACUCCUCUACAUCCUCCUACACCUCCCAUCUCUGGCUCUGACAGGAGCAGAGAGGAUAGUCCUGAACUGAACCCACCUCCAGAUGUGGAAGACAACAGGCAGUGUGCAUUGUGCCUGAAAUAUGGUGAUGACAGUGCUAACGAUGCUGGACGCCUUCUCUAUAUUGGCCAAAAUGAAUGGACACAUGUGAACUGUGCUUUGUGGUCAGCUGAAGUGUUUGAAGAUGAUGAUGGUUCUCUGAAAAACGUGCACAUGGCUGUUAUCCGGGGAAAGCAGCUGAGGUGUGAGUUCUGCCAGAAGUCAGGUGCCACAGUAGGCUGCUGCCUCACUUCCUGUACCAGUAACUAUCAUUUCAUGUGCUCACGAGUCAAGAACUGUGUCUUUCUGGAUGAUAAGAAAGUUUAUUGCCAGAGGCAUCGUGACCUGAUCAAAGGAGAGGUGGUUCCUGAGAAUGGGUUUGAAGUUCUUAGGAGAGUUUUUGUGGACUUUGAAGGGAUCAGUUUGAGAAGAAAAUUUCUUAGUGGCUUGGAGCCAGAGAACAUCCACAUGAUGAUUGGUUCCAUGACAAUAGACUGCUUAGGAAUUCUGAAUGACCUCUCAGACUGUGAAGAUAAGUUGUUUCCCAUCGGCUAUCAGUGCUCCAGGGUGUACUGGAGCACAACAGAUGCCAGGAAGCGCUGUGUGUAUACCUGCAAGAUCAUGGAGUGCCGGCCUCCAGUCGUAGAACCUGACAUCAACAGCACUGUAGAGCAUGAUGAUAACAGAACAAUUGCCCAUAGCCCAGUUCCCCUUACAGAAAUUCUACCGAAAGACACCCGAAAUACACCUGAAAUUGUAAACCCACCAUCACCAGAUCGUCCCUUGCAUUCUCAGAGCUCUAGUUCCUGUUACUAUCCGGUGGUCUCCAAGGGUCCCAGGAUCAGGGUGCCAAGUUACCCAUCUGCACAGAGGUCGCCUGGCUCGCGGCCGUUACCCUCUGCAGGAAGUCCUACCCCAGUGACCCAUGAAAUAGUGACAGUAGGAGAUCCUCUGCUGUCCUCGGGACUGAAGAGCAUCGGUUCUCGGAGACACAGCACCUCCUCUCUGUCCCAGCAGCAGUCAAAACUCCGGAUGAUCUCCCCUACACGAGCUGGGAACACUUACUCCAGGCACAGUGUGUCUUCAGUUUCCAGCAUGGGGGCCUCUUCGGAGUAUGAACCUACUGCCAAAAGUACUGACCGCUUCGUGGGGUCAGUAAGCACAGGUCCUCCAAGUGCUCCAGUUCAGAGUUGCUCUGCCAGUUCAGGCUCCCAGAAAACAGUGGCUACAACUGGAAAUAAAACUUACCAGCUGGAUGCAGCUCAAUCUACAGAAGGGAAACAUUCCAGCAGUUCAGAUUUAGUAGCCAAAAGUGCACCUUCUAAGGGAGAGAAAAUGAAAACCUCUAAGGACCCAGAUUAUUUGUCUCAUACUUUUGUUUCUGGAGGAAGCUCCAAAGCGUCCACUCAGCCAGCCAGUUCAUCAGGCACGGAAAUGAAUAAAAUAGGAACCUUUCAAGAGUGUUCAGGAUCGUUUUCUUCCAAAGAAGCAAUACCCUUUCCACCUUUGCAUCAGAGAGGCCCAAGGAAAGACAGAGAUCAGCACAUGGAACCUUUACAGCCAGAGAAAACCACUGUGGUUGAUGAGAUGGAUGCAAAAACCUUGAAGGCUGCUGGAGUAAACAACAGAUCUCCUGCAGCAAGUGAGCAGGUAGUUACUGCCCCCAGAGAUAAACGUCAUAAAGGCAAAAAGUUAAUGAAAGACAGUUUUAAAGAGAAGCAUUCCCUGAAAUCUCUUACAGAGACAAGUCAAGCAGUAGGCAGUGAUGAACUGAAACCAGACUUUGGCAAUCAGGGUUUGGCAACUGAACAAAUUAGUCAGAGGUUAUGUAAUAAUAUUCCUGCUGAAAAAGCUGGUGAUAAGUCUCCAUCUUCACAAGGGCCAUCUAAAGGGACUGCAGUGCAGGCUGAAGCAGCCCCUAAGGAAUCACAGGCACCCAGGAAACGCACCGUUAAAGUUACUCUGACUCCUCUCAAAAUGGAAAGCGAAAACCAGUCUAAAAAUGCACAGCAGGAAAGUGAUGCUGAAACUCAGUCUGCAGGGGCAGACCUGGCUGCUUUGGCAGAGCCCUCCUCAGCUUCAGAAAGCCCGGAAGAGAACCCUGUAAUUCAGGGAAGUCCAAACGAACCACCAACACAGGAACCUCAGAAUAACACAUAUGAAAAUUUGGCCAUUCAAGAUAACAGCUUGAUGCUCCAGGACGGUGCUAAAGCUCAAGAAGAAGGCUCAUACAAGCGGAGGUAUCCGAGGAGAAGUGCUCGGGCCAGAUCCAAUAUGUUCUUUGGAUUGACUCCUCUGUAUGGUGUGAGGUCCUACGGAGAGGAAGACAUUCCCUUCUACAGUAACUCAACUGGCAAGAAGCGAGGGAAGCGGUCUGCAGAAGGACAAGUGGAUGGAGCAGAUGACUUGAGCACAUCAGAUGAAGAUGACCUAUACUACUACAAUUUCACAAGAACGGUGGUUUCCUCAAGCACAGAGGAGAGGCUCGCAUCCCACAGUUUAUUCAGGGAGGAGGAGCAGUGUGAUCUUCCAAAAAUCUCACAGCUAGAUGGUGUGGAUGAUGGAACUGAAAGUGAUACAAGCGUCACAGCAACAACCAGAAAAGUCAGCCAGGUAACUAAAAGGAGUGGCAAAGAGAAUGGGACAGAGAACUUAAAGCUGGAUAGAACUGAAGAAGCUGGUGAGAAAGUGCAAGUCACCAAGAGCUCCACCGUCCACAAGACUGACCCCAAGAUUGAUAACUGCCACCCUGUGAGCAGGGUUAAAGCUCAGGGUCAGGACUCUCUGGAGGCGCAGCUGAGCUCGUUGGAAACAGGCCGCAGGGCUCAUGCAAGCACACCUGCUGACAAGAACUUACUGGACACUUUCAACACAGAACUUCUGAAAUCCGACUCUGACAACAACAACAGCGAUGACUGUGGCAACAUUCUCCCUUCCGACAUCAUGGACUUCGUGCUGAAGAACACACCGUCUAUGCAGGCCUUGGGAGAAAGUCCAGAGUCCUCAUCAUCCGAACUCCUGACGCUUGGAGAAGGCUUAGGACUUGACAGCAACCGUGGCAAGGAUAUGGGUUUGUUUGAGGUGUUCUCCCAGCAGCUGCCCACCGCCGAACCAGUGGACAGCAGUGUCUCUUCCUCCAUAUCUGCAGAGGAGCAGUUUGAAUUGCCACUGGAGCUUCCUUCUGAUCUCUCUGUUCUGACCACUCGCAGCCCUACGGUGCCCAGCCAAAAUCACAACAGGCUUGCUGUCAUUUCAGAGUCUUCACUUUCCUCCUCGGGAGAGAGAUCAAUGCUUGCCUUGCCUUCCACAGAGUCUGGGGAGAAGAGAGUGACAGUCACAGAAAAAUCUGCCUCAGGAGAAGGCGACACAGCUCUCCUGAGUCCAGGGGUAGACCCAAGCCCCGAAGGACACAUGACUCCUGAUCACUUCAUCCAGGGUCACAUAGAUGCAGAGCAUAUAGCCAGCCCAGCCUGCGGCCCUGUUGAGCAAGGUCAUGGCAGCAACCAAGAUUUAACAAGAAACAGCGGGACUCCGGGCAUCCCGGUGCCGGUGUCACCCACUGUUCCCCUCCAGAGCCAGAAGUACGUGCCAAACUCCACUGACAGUCCUGGCCCCUCGCAAAUCUCCAACGCUGCGGUGCAGACAACGCCACCCCACCUCAAGCCAGCCGCAGAAAAACUGCUGGUAGUUAAUCAAAACAUGCAGCCCCUGUACGUCCUCCAAACUCUUCCCAACGGUGUCACCCAAAAGAUACAGUUAACACCUUCUGUUAGUUCUGCGCAGAGUGUGAUGGAAACCAACACUUCAGUGCUGGGGCCCAUGGGGAGUGGGCUCACGCUGACCACAGGAUUGAAUCCGAGCCUGCCUCCAUCUCAGUCAUUAUUCCCUCCCACGAGCAAGGGUCUACUGCCCAUGUCCCAUCACCAGCAUAUACAUCCCUUCUCCACGCCUGCUCAGACAGGCUUCCCACCAAACAUCAGCAGUCCUUCACCAGGUCUUCUAAUCGGGGUGCAGCCACCCCCUGAUCCUCAGCUCUUAGUGUCUGAAGCUAGUCAGAGGACAGACCUUGGUACUGCUGCUGCUACACCAGCUGCUGCCCUGGGCAAGAAACGGCCCAUAUCUCGUUUGCAGUCACGGAAGAACAAGAAGUUGGCUCCUUCUGGAACCCCUUCUGCUAUAGCUCCUUCUGAUAUGGUCUCCAACAUGACCUUAAUUAAUUUUGCUCCUUCCCAGAUCUCUAACCACCCCCUGGACUUGGGAACCAUUGCGAAUUCAACAUCCCACAGAACUGUACCCAAUAUUAUCAAAAGGUCAAAGUCUGGGGUCAUGUAUUUCGAGCAAACAUCUUUGCUCCCACAAGGUGGGACCACUACUGCAGUCAGCACAUCUCCCAGCAUUAUUGGUGCAGAUGCCAGUCACCUCCAAGCAGGGCCUGUAUCAGGCCUAACGUCGAGUUCCUCAGUGCUGAACGUUGUAUCCAUGCAGGCCACAGCAGCCCCUAGUACUGGUGGGUCAGUUCCUGGUCACGUUUUGGGACAAAGUUCAGUAACGUUAACAAGCCCUGGAUUGUUGGGGGACCUUGGUUCGAUAAGCAACCUCCUGAUCAAAGCUAGUCAGCAAAGCCUUGGUCUUCAGGACCAGCAUAUGACUUUACCACCAAGUUCUGGAAUGUUUUCACAACUGGGAGCAUCUCAAACUCCGUCUACAGCAGCCAUGACAGCUGCAUCAAGCAUCUGUGUUCUACCCUCCACACAGACAAUGGGCAUGACAGUUGCUCCGUCGUCUGCUGACCCAGAGGGCUCCUACCAGCUUCAGCACAUGACACAGCUUUUAGCCAACAAAACCGGGGUUGCAUCCUCCCAGCUGGACCUUAGCACAGUUCCAGCAACAACGCAGUUGUCAAGCUUUCCACAGCUGGUCGAUGUUCCAAACAAUAGCGGACUCGAACAAAGCAAGGCUUCCUCAUCAGUGAUGCAUGCCAGCUCAGCGUCUCCAGGAGGCUCCCCAUCACCUGGUCAGCAGUCUGCGAGUAGCUCUGUGCUGGGUGCCACGAAAAUUAAGCCAAAAGUCAAACGCAUCCAGCCGUUAUUAGACAAAGGGAAUGGAAAGAAGCACAAAACUUCUCACGCAUGGGCUGGUUCUUCUGAAGCUCACGUUGCCGAAAAAGGGGCUGUUGCUGUACCCCCGGCCUCGGUUACAGGGACUCCUGCUGUGAAGGCAGAUGCACAGGAUGCGGCCAGCGUAGAUCAGCCGUUGCAGAAGCCACAGGGGCAGUCUGCAGGGCAACCAGCUGUGGUCCCAGAACCUCAAUCAACACAGAACUCAAUAAAUGAGCAAGAAAAUGCAGGCUCAAAAGCUCUCGAGGAAGAAGAGAGCACUUUCAGCUCCCCUCUUAUGUUUUGGCUUCAGCAAGAACAAAAGAGAAAAGAGUGUCUUGGUGAGAAGAAACCAAAAAAAGGUUUGGUUUUUGAGAUCUCUAGUGAUGAUGGUUUUCAGAUCUGCGCAGAAAGCAUUGAAGAUGCCUGGAAGUCUCUGACUGACAAGGUGCAAGAGGCCCGUUCGAACGCCCGCCUGAAGCAGCUGUCCUUUGCAGGUGUGAACGGUUUGAGGAUGUUGGGGAUUAUCCAUGAUACUGUUGUGUUCCUGAUAGAGCAACUGUAUGGAGCAAAGCACUGCCACAACUACAAGUUCAGAUUUCACAAGCCAGAGGAGGCCAAUGAACCUCCUUUGAACCCACACGGCUCUGCUCGGGCUGAAGUCCACCUGAGGAAAUCUGCAUUUGAUAUGUUUAAUUUCUUGGCGUCUAAACACCGACAGCCGCCAGAAUACAACCCGAAUGACGAGGAAGAAGAAGAGGUGCAGCUGAAAUCAGCCCGGAGGGCAACCAGUAUGGAUCUGCCAAUGCCCAUGCGCUUCCGGCACUUGAAGAAGACCUCCAAGGAGGCAGUUGGUGUCUACAGGUCUCCUAUCCAUGGCCGGGGUCUGUUCUGCAAAAGGAACAUUGAUGCAGGUGAGAUGGUGAUCGAAUAUUCAGGCAAUGUCAUUCGCUCCAUCCUCACUGACAAACGAGAGAAAUACUACGACAGUAAGGGCAUCGGGUGCUACAUGUUCCGCAUCGACGACUCCGAGGUGGUGGAUGCCACCAUGCACGGGAACGCAGCCCGCUUCAUCAACCACUCCUGCGAGCCCAACUGCUACUCCCGGGUCAUCAACAUCGAUGGCCAGAAGCACAUUGUCAUCUUUGCCAUGCGCAAAAUCUACCGAGGGGAAGAGCUCACCUAUGACUAUAAGUUCCCCAUUGAAGACGCCAGCAACAAACUGCCCUGUAACUGCGGUGCCAAGAAGUGCAGGAAGUUUUUAAACUAGAACUUCCGUCGGCUGCAGGUGAGCCCUGCAGGGCCCGGGGUGAACCAAAGCUUCGAGUGAGCCCCUCCCCGGCCGCUCGGACGGGACAGAGAGGCCAGAAGCAGGAGUGAAGAUGGACUGGGCUCAGGGACCUGAGACUGGCGGCCGUGUUUGUCCGAGUCCACAUCUUCAUGUCUCGCAUGUGCACACUCACCCUUGUGAGAGACAUGGGCGGCUGGAGAAGAUCCUCAGCAUGGUUAUGUUUUUGCUAUUCUCAUUUUCCCCCGCCCCCAUAUUUGUUUCUCAGCGUGGGGCUAAUGAGUGGGAGAGGAGAGGGGAGGUCCCCCCAGGCCCAGGGCAGCAGUCGUGGGUCGUGUCCCUCUCUGUCUCCUGGCCGGAGCUCUCCUUCCUAGGGCUGAGUCAGUGGUUGGGUGGCACAGUAUUUGAGCUUGCCUCCUGGGGAGAAGGUCUGUGCCUCGCCAGCGGCCCCGGGGACUGCAUGUCUGCAAAACACUAUGUGUGAGUGGGAGUAGGUGUGCGGGGGGCUGGCUUGGCUGCUCGUGAGGAGAGCAGAAAAGAGCAGCCCACAACUAGACACAAGAAGAGUUUGGCUGACAUAUUGCUCUGAAAUCCCUGCCUGAGAGCAGGGGAACUCCUGGCAUUCUUUGGCAAAGAGGGCUUGUGCCAACAGUUGGGGCACUGUAAAUCUUUGCCAGCAAAGGCUCCCGUUCACCAACACUCCCUCUGUGGCCGUGUGGGAGGGAAGCAGUCCUCUGGGUCCUGUCUCCAGCAGCUGGCUUCCUCCUCUGUCCAGCGAGCUCCUGGCACAGCCAGCCAGCAGUGUCUCGAGGAGCUGCACAGAGGUCUCUGGAGAGAAGGGGAGUGUGAGCCAGCCCAGCCUUGGCUGCACACCGCUGUAGAGCAGGAGCUAGGAAGGACUGGUGUGGAGGCACCACUCUGCUCUGCUGUGCCACAGUGUCCCAGGCCUGUGGCGCGCAGGCAGGAGAGGGCCCUGCAGCCACGUGCCUGUCAUGGUCAGUCGCCUGGGUGUAGUCAUGUUGUGUUCCCCAGAAGACACAGAAGGACACCAAAACGGAGCCAAAGUUCUCUGCAAAGGCAAGGCCAGUGCCAGCGGGCCUGGCCGCAGCAUCCCGGGACGCAUAGGAAACACGGGAGGCACUGGCACAGGGGCGAGGAACCCGGCCAGGUUCAGCAGGCUCAGGGACACCACUGUCCUGCUUGGAGCAGUGCGAGUCCUCCUCCCUGUGGGGUCUGCCCUGUGCCUCAGAGCAAAACCAGAGAGAGACAAAUGAGAGACCCAAGCCUGACAGUGACAACAUUGGAUUCUGCUCUGUUCUGUUUACAGUUUAGUAUUUAAGGUUUUAUAAAUGUAAAUAUAUUUUGUAUAUUUUUCUAUGAGAAGCACUUCAUAGGGGAAAGCACUUAUGACGAGGCUUUUUACAGUGGUAUUAUCCUAAUUUAAGAGAAUCUCUUUUUAAUGAUUUUUUUAUUUUCAUAGGAUGGUUCUAGGAAAUACCUGGCUGGACACAGUCUGAGCCUUUCUCCAGUGGGGGGGUUGCUUUAGUUUUGUUUUCUACUCUUGUUCUGCCUUUUUGACUUCAGUAACUGUCUCCGGGAGGGUUGACUGGACCUUAAACUGUAUUUGCCCAUAAGGAUGGGGGCAGGAGGGAGAGCUGCCCAGCGUGGGAUGAGUUUCGCUCUGUGGGAGGACAGUGUGUGACUCGGGCAGAUAGUUUGAUUCUGCCUUGCCCGUGCUGGUAUCCUGCAAGGGUUUAAAAAGGAAAAGCAAGGCAGGAUGAGACCUGACCCUCAAUACCUCUUUGCUGGGAGGCCAGUCUGAGACACACACCUCCUGCCACAGCGUGUCCUUCGAAGGCAGAUGGGUUUUUCUGCGCAGAGGGAAAGCAGAAAGCUCCCUCGCUUUUCCGAGCUUUCCUGGUGGUUUGGUUGCAGUUGUUACAGGAGCCACUCUUCCCGGAGCUGAUGUAUCCGAGGGCUGCUCUGAACUGGCACUGGCAGUUGGUGGGGAAGGGACUGGGAGUGCCUGCUGACUCCCCGGGUCUCUCAGAGGGGCAUUCCCCAUCCACACCUCUCUGGUCUUGAGACUUCCUCCUCUGCCCUGAGAAGGAGCAGCGGCGCUCGGAGGUUCAGAACCUGCCAAUUUCCUUUUGUUAUUGCACUGUGUGAGGAUAAUUUGUUGGUAACUGUUGAAAGCAAAGUCACAUUGAGGCUGCAUUUGUUACUGAGAUGAUUUGAUGCACUGACAGUUCGGGAACGCACAUACUUCGAGGAGCCCAGAGCGUGCCCGCCCGGGGGAUCUGGGCCCCGCGGCCCGGAGCACAGCUGCUCUUGGCCCUUUUCCUUCCGUUUGUGACGCGGGGCGGGGGCAUAGCCCUCGCCAUGGCAAAGCCCCCGAGUUUAUCCCAGAGCUCAGCUACGCUUCCUCACCCCGCGCUCCCCGAGUUCCUGGCUGCAGGAGGAGGCUCUGCUGGGAAGCACUGCCCAGAGCCACCCCACUGGGGAGAGGGGGAAGGAGGGUCGAGGGGAGCGCCGUGCCUCAGGAGCCCCCAGGCUCCAAGUGCCAGGCAGUCUCCUCCCCCGGGAGCAGCCUUGCUGCUAUUCCCGCUGCGGCUGCCCGGGCGGGAGCCACCGUGGCCACUGGAGCUGUCUGUACCCCGGGAGCUGCCGUGGCCACUGGAGCUGUCUGUACCCCGGGAGCUGCCGUGGCCACUGGAGCUGUCUGUACCCCGGGAGCCGUGGCCACUGGAGCUGUCUGUACCCCGGGAGCCGUGGCCACUGGAGCUGUCUGUACCCCGGGAGCUGCCGUGGCCACUGGAGCUGUCUGUACCCCGGGAGCCGUGGCCACUGGAGCUGUCUGUACCCCGGGAGCCGUGGCCAGCCCGGGCUCGUGGGGCGAGGGGCAGCGGGGCUGGGGCAGUGGGGCAGCUGAGCCUGCCUGCCCUCAGCCCGGGCUGGCCAGCAGCAGCCAGCUCCCCGUGUAUGAAUGUAUAUUUUAUAAGGACUGACGCAGAUCAUGGUAUCUGAAAAUACUAAAAAAGGAACCUUAGGGCGUUCUUGGGUUUUUUUUGUACAAACCGACAUGUUUUUUUUAAAGGAGAAGCGGGUCAUUGCAAAGGGCUGGGUAUCUUUUUUUUUCUGGUUUUCUUUCAUUUCAAAGCAAUACCAAGUUCUUCAGCAGGACGGUCUGUGCAGAAUCAUGCCAUUCACCCAUACACUGGUCCACUCUCAACACUUGCAAAUUUUUUUAUAACUAUAAAUACAAUAUAUAUAGGAACUAAUAUAGUAAUGCACCGUGUAAUGAAGCCUAGUUCAGUAUCGGUUCAUGGCUUUUAAUUCUCUUUAACACUAUAGAUAAGGAUUGUGUUACAGUUGCUCACAGCUCCAGGAAAGCCUUGCUGCUCAUUCCCCACUGGCAGCCAGGGCCAGAAGCUGGGAGCGGGUGGUUUGGCCUUUCCUGGCCCUUCUUGUUACAGUCAGUACUUGUACAACUUGGUUUCUUCCUUUCCUUCCUCUCGUUUUGGUUAUGAAUGUUGGGGUACCACCUACAUAUAGGGAAAAAUGUGCUCUGUGCUUUCCUGGUAUCUUUUUAACAAGGUACAGUAGCUUCGUCUAUCGGCCGAGAACUAUACUUGUGGUGUUUCUUUUAUUGAACUUACAGUCUCUUUAGUAACUACAGAUAGGUGAAUAAUUGUUUCAAAAAACAAAAAAAAAGGAAAAAAAAAAAAAGCUCUGCAAAGGCAAGGUUAUGUUCUAGAAAUACAUUUCUUGACAACUUAUCAUGUAUAACAAAACUUUUUUUUUCUUGUGUUCUUCCAAUCUACUGGUUGUUUGUUUUUUUGGUUUUUUUGGCUUUGGUUUUUUGGUUUUUUUUUAAAAAAAGAGGAAACGUGUCUAAAGUACAUCAGUGUUAACUCCCUGCCACAGGGAAGAAGGAAAUACUUUAAUAGUUUAAAAAAAUGCUGAAAGCUCUGCAAAAGACUGAAUGUAAAAAUAAAAAGUGUACAUAGUUGUAAAAAAAAAAAAAAGGAGUUUUUAAACAUGUUUAUUUUCUAUGCACUUUUUUUUAUUUAAGUGAUAGUUUAAUUAAUAAACAUGUCAAGUUUAUUGCUGCA